AUGGCAGAAGCAGACCAGCAGCAACAGUCACUACGAGCUCCGCCCAUCAGCGUGCAGCCGCCGUCACCGUUCUUGCAGUUUCCCGGCGAUCCUCCAGUCGCGUGGUCUCGAUGGUAUCAUGCAUUUGAAACAUAUUUGCUCGCCGCAGGUCUUGAUGCUUUGCCUGAUCGUCGAAAGAAGGCUCUUUUGGAGCACUGCUUGGGUACAGAGGGUCAGCGCGUAUUAGCCACCCUGGACGUCCCACAACAGCAACCAGCAAACGACGAGCAACAGCCUGCUGAAGCACAACAGUAUCAGAGCAUUGCGAGCGAACUCACAGCACACUUCGGCACACAGGCAACCGUGAUCACUGAGCGACAUCGAUUCUGGCAUCGUUCACAGGUCGCAGGGGAAACCAUUAAGCAAUACGUCUCCGCCCUCCGGCAGUUAGCAGCGAGGUGUCAAUUUGGCGUUCUUCAUGAUCAAAUAAUUCGCGAUCAAUUUAUCGAAAAGGCAACGUCUUCGGCAAUUAUGGAACGACUUCUCCUCGAAAAGGACGGUUUGUCAUGCACGAAAGCACUGGAAAUCGCCUGCCAAGUGGAAUUCUCAAAGCAAGAAGCCAUGCAGAUGGGCGGGACCUCAUCCGCAUCUGCACGACCCAGAAAAAGUGACAUACAGAGAGUAGCACGAAAACCAAAGCAGCCCAAGCAGACGCCACGAUUGCCGCGAUAUGGUCGAUCUGCAUCACAAUCUUCAACUCAAUCGGUAAAAUCGUCUCCGUAUUGCGGAAAUUGCGUUUUAUCAUUCAACGUCGGAGCCAAAGUGUCAAUCAUUAAUCAAGAAACCUGGCGUCGAUUGUUUCGCAACUAUAAGUUGCAAACCACUUCAACUCAGCUUACCGGAUAUGAUGGGAAACCAAUCAAGGCAUUGAAUACGGUUUCAUUGUCUGUACAGCAUGAAGAUCAGCCAGCCAGUCAAUUUCAGCCCUUUGUGACAACGAAGAGAUCCAAUUUGAUGGGAGUCGAUCUUUUCGAUCACUUGGGAUUCUCGAUUGCUACACAACUCCAAGUUCCAGUGUUAACCUUGGGUGUAGUUAAAAUCACCAGACGUUGGCCGUCUCUUUUUCUUGAUCGUGAACUUCGAGAGCUAGAUGGAUACGCUCACGAGCCUAGGAUGGACCCGAUGAUUCCUCCAGUUAUUCAGCGUUGCCGUCGCUUGCCACCGGCACUACGAGAUGAAGUCUCAGCUGAGCUGAAACGUCUUCAAGCACAAGGCAUCAUUGAACCCAUUGACUCAUCUCCGUGGAUCUCUAAUCUGCUUGUUGUCAGAAAGAAGACUGGAAGUAUCCAACUUUGUGUGGAUCUCAGGGAGGUCAACAAGGCAGUCACUCUUGACAAGUAUCCAUUGCCUACAGUUGAUGAACUAGGUAGCCAGUUUCACAGCAGCAAGGUGUUCAGCAAAUUGGACUUAUCUCAAGGUUAUUUGCAAAUACCACUAACAGAGAAAGGAAGAAAUAUGACUGCUUUCGUCAGUCAUGAUGGCAUUUUCCGGUUCAAACGAAUGCCUUUCGGACUCUCGUCUGCUCCUAGUUCAUUUCAGAAGAUAAUGGUGUCAACUCUUGCUGGCUCAAAAGGUUUCUCUGUCUACAUGGAUGACAUUGUUGUUCAUGGGGCUACCCAAGAAGAACAUGAUAGACGAUUGUCUGCUGUCUUGGAUUCCCUGCAAAAUCACAAUGUGACUCUUAAUAGCACAAAGUGUGUGUUUGGAAGCGAAGAAGUUCAAUUUUUGGAGUUUCGGGUUUCCACAUCGACAGUCGUGACGUGUGAUGCAUCAGCAACUGCUCUUGGUGCAGUGUUAUCACAGGAAGUUGAUGGUCAGGAGAAGCCAACUGCUAAUGCUUCACGAGCACUCACCGAUGCCGAAAAGAAGUACUCAUUGGGCGAACAACUGAUCACCAGGCUCUCACUACUCUUCUGUCCUCAUCCGGAACUGGACGACGUCCACUUCGCUUGCACAGAUGGUCUGAUCGUCUUCACCAGUACACCUUUACUACCUCUUAUCAGCCUGGAAGAGCCAGUGCAGCUACUGACAGCACCUUUCAAUAACAUUAUCACCUUGGAUGACCUCCGUCGUGCAUCAGGAAAUGAUGAUCUGUUAUGUCAAGUCUGCAAAUUUACCAUCAACGGCUGGCCACGUACGAUCGAGGAUAGUCUAUUAUGGCCACUUUAUCAGAUCAGAGACGAGCUCUCAGUCUGGAAUGACAGCUGUUUGGCCAGAGGAGAACGGUUGGUCAUACCUGCAUCUCUUCAGCAGAAGGUCUUAUCUAUGGCUCACGAAAGCCAUUCAGGCAUGGUCAAAACCAAGCAGAAGUGUCGUACCUCAGUGUGGUGGCAGGGCAUCGAUAAGCAGAUCGAAGACCAUGUUCGAAGCUGUGAAGCUUGCAUUCAGAGUGGAAAGUCCAUUAAACGCACAAAAUUACCUCUGAACCCAGUGAAGUGGCCAAAACAAUCAUAUGCAUGGCAGAAGCUACAGAUUGAUAUAGUUGGUGAGAUUCAUGGUGCUUCCUCCACUCACAAGGUGGGUCUCCCGGAGGUUAUAAUUUCGGACAAUGGUCCUCAAUCCCGAUCAUACGAAUUUACAUCUUUUCUGGCCAACAAAGGGAUCAAGCAUUCCACAACAGCAUUCUGUCAUCCGCAAUCUAAUGGAGGAGUUGAGCGAUUCAACCAAACGCUAAAGCAGGGCCUACGUACACACAGAGCACAAGGUCUCCAUUUUCAUCAGGCUCUCCAAGAAACCCUUCUCAAUUAUCGAUCCUCACGUCAUUGUACAACGGGAUACGCUCCUUCUCAGCUUAUGAUUCGACGGCAGUUUCGACUACCUCUUAGCAUUUUACAACCUCCAUUCCAAGUCGUCACUUCAGAUGUGCCCGGCACUGACCAGCUAGCCCAGGACAUCAAAAACCAACAAGCAAAGAUGAAGGCAUACUUCGAUCACAAGCGCCCAGUGCAAAUUCCAAAGUUUCAACCGGGUCAGCUUGUAAGAAUAAACAAUCCAAACAGACGGCAUAAGAUGGCACCAGCAUGCUCUAAACCAAUCGUCAUCAAGAAGCAAGUCUCCCCAACUUCAUUCCGGUUAUCAGUUGAUUCUCUCUGGAACGCCGACCUCCUCAUUGAAGCUGCAGCGGUUGCUCCAUUUCCUCAGUCUGACCGAAAAUAG